AUGCCAUCCAAACAAGUCUUCGCAUCUCAAGACGGCGCGGUCUAUACCACCUCCACUGGCGCACCUGUUGCUCAGCCUUAUGCCGCGGAGCGUGUCGGGAGCGUUGGUCCCCUCCUUCUCCAAGAUUUCCACCACAUUGACCUCCUUGCCCACUUCGAUCGUGAGCGUAUCCCUGAGCGUGUCGUCCACGCCAAGGGUGCCGGUGCGCAUGGUUAUUUCGAGGUGACGCACGACAUUACCGAACUGUCUUGCGCAUCGCUCUUCUCCAAGGUUGGCAACAAGGCUCGUGCCACCGUCCGAUUCUCUACCGUCGGUGGUGAGGCAGGAUCAGCGGACAGUGCUCGUGACCCUCGAGGUUUCGCAAUCAAAAUCAAAACUGAUGAGGGUAACUUGGAUUGGGUAUUCAACAACACGCCUGUUUUCUUCAUCAGGGACCCCGCCAAGUUCCCUCACUUUAUCCACACACAGAAGCGUGACCCCCAGACCCACUUGAAGGAUGCUGACAUGUUCUGGGACUAUCUGUCGCAGAACCCUGAGUCCAUCCACCAAGUUAUGACCCUAUUCUCCGACCGCGGGCACCCAGAUGGUUACCACAAUAUGCACGGAUACUCUGGCCACACCUACAAGUUCGUCAACAAGGAAGGAAAAUUCCACUACGUCCAGAUUCACCUUAUCAAAGACGGCGGAGCGAAGUCAUUGACGGAGCCUGAGGCUGGCAAGUUGGCCGGUGAAAACCCCGACUAUGGUAUUCAGUCGUUGUUCGAGACCAUCGAGGCUGGCAACUUCCCGUCCUGGACUGUCUAUGUGCAAACUAUGACGCCAGAGCAGGCUGAAAAGUUCCGCUACAACAUUCUUGACCUGACGAAGGUCUGGCCGCACAAGGACUACCCGAUGCGACCUUUCGGCAAGCUCGUGCUGAACGAGAACCCACAGAACUACUUUGCCGAGAUUGAGCAGGCCGCGUUUUCGCCUUCCCACAGCGUUCCCGGUAUCGAGCCCUCUGCCGACCCCGUCCUUCAAUCCCGUCUCUUCUCGUACCCCGACACCCACAGACAUCGUCUCGGCACCAACUACAACCAGCUUCCGGUCAACGCACCGAUUGCACCCGUCGCGAACUUCCAGCGCGGUGGUGCGAUGACGUUCGUCAGCCAGGGAGCCCGCCCGAAUUAUCAAAGCAGUUUGGUGCCUCUCAAGUACAAGCCCAAGCCGUACCAGGAUGUCAAGCACGAGAUCUGGCUCGGCCACGCUAAUGUCGAUCUCAGCUUCGUGACUGAGCUUGACUUCGAGCAGCCUCGCGCGCUCUAUCAGAAGGUCUUCAGCGACACCGACCGGGAUCACCUCGUCCACAACGUCGUUGUCCACCUCAAGAACGCGAAGAGCAAGGAAGUUAAGGACAGGACGCUGUCGGUGUUCGCCGCCGUUGACCAGAGCCUCUCAGACCGCAUUGCCAGUGGCAUUGGUUCCUCUCCCGUUGCGCCCUUGAAGGUCGCUCCCGCUUCCGAAGCUAUCCGUUUCAAGGCGUUCGCAUGA